AUGUCGAAUAACAGCGAACGACUGCUUGCAGCAUUCAUCGCGGCUCAUCCCGAGAUCAUGCUUCGAUAUGAUCGUAUGGUCGUGUUUUAUGAUGGUGACCGCAGUAUCAACUACAUGGAGCGCCGAUUCCGCCGCAUCCGCCAGAUGGCUGCAGACAUGCAGGAUGCCCACCCUGAGGUAGUUCAAGAGGCUCGGGCCGACAUUCAAAGAAGGGCAGAGAUUGUCAGGGAAGAGACCCUUCGGGAUGCUGCUGCCAAACAGGCUGCCUCAACUCGUCGGGAGGCUCGUCGUGCUGCUGCAGAUCGUGCUACAGGAAGCGCUGUUGAGCAAAAUGCUUCAUCGCCACGACAGACUGGUGGUAGAAACCAUGAAUUCGCUCUCUUUGACACUCUUCCCACCGCUAUGAGACCUAAUGCCGCUCCUGGGGCUGCUAGCACUCGUGCGCCGGUUCAGCGGAAUGCCUCUCUAGUACGACAGACUGGUAGUAGCGACGCUGAAAUUGUUGUCAUUGACUCUCCUCCAAUCAUACAGAGAUCUACCACUGCUCAGGAUAUCGCCGUUUCUCCCCCAAGUCGUACGCUUCAGCAGAAUAUUCGUAAUGUUGCUGGGCAUUCUGUAACUGGAUCUUCUCCUGCUGUCGAUCCCUACGCUCUUGUUACUCUGCGUGAGGUUAUCAUGCUUGAUGAGGUGAUCUAUUCUCGUGCGCAAGAAAUAGUUCGUCAUGUGGGUCGUCCCAUUUCGUUCAUUCCGCAGGAUGACGUUGGCACAAACCUUGUCCUUGAAGAACAGCAAUUGUCCAAUGAUGAAUCCGACCAAUCUGAGCUCGGUAUUGCCCGAGGCCCAGUCGGCUUUGACCGUCGUUCAUUCGGUGCUGUCCGUGACCCAGUUUAUACCGAUAUCCAUCUACCUUCGUGCGGAAACUGGCCUCCACCUGAUCUUCCACGGUUCUGGAGAUGGAACAACGGCCUGAAUGAGUGGUAUGAUCCAACUAACCCCCCUCCUCCCAUAGCGAGCAACCAGACUCCCGCGGCAAACCAGCCCGCUAAUCCCGCGAAUUUCAUCGAUCUCAGCUCUGAUUCCAUCAACGAGAGUCGAACCAGCAUCCAAAUCUCUCAGCCGGAUAUCGCACCUGACUUAUCCAGUCCUGCCCAGGGUAUGGCUUCGGCCAAAAUUCAAGUCCAAGGAGUGCAGGGCACAGGAAUCUUGCAUUGCGGUGCCCAGGAUGAUUACUCCAUGCAUACUGCACUACUGGAUCCCACGCUGCAGGUGUCUCGGGACCUUGCUGAGACCCUUCGUGAUGCUCGGGUUGCCGAGGAAGCCGUUGGAGAGAUGUGA